CUGGGAACAGAAAGGGGAACAGCAAAUGCAAACAUAUUUUAUUAAGAAGAACUUCGUCCAAGUUCUCGAAACUGUUUCACCUAACCACAUAGCGCCCCGUGGCCCCAGCUUCCUCCAUCCUGGCACCAGCUCUGAGAACCAAACCCAGAAGAGGCCGGAGAAGGAAACAAAGAGGCCGGAGAAGGAAAGGAGAAGUGUCCAGAGCAGCAGAAGAGGGGACAGAAGAGUGGACAGACGAGGGGACAGACGAGCUGACCUUCUGCGACUGGGCUCCAGCCUCAGACCCUGCUGCCACGAGGGACGUCCAUGCUGGUGAGAUGACCCAGAGGGCUGGGGCUGCCCUGCUGCCGUCAGCUCUGCUCCUUCUCUGUGUCCCAGGCUGUCUGACUGUGAGUGGCCCCAGCACUGUGAUGGGCACCGUGGGGGAGUCCCUGAGCGUUCAGUGUCAGUAUGAAGAGAAAUACAAGACAUUUAACAAAUACUGGUGCAGACAACCAUGCUUGCCAAUUUGGCAUGAAAUGGUGGAGACCAGAGGGUCCGAGGGAAUGGUGAGGAGUGACCGAGUGGUCAUCACAGACCAUCCUGGGGACCUCACCUUCACCGUGACAUUGGAGAACCUCACGGCAGACGAUGCAGGAAAAUACCGAUGUGGGAUUGCAACAAUACUGCAGGAAGAUGGCCUGUCUGGCUUCCUGCCUGAUCCCUUCUUCCAGGUUCAAGUGCUGGUCUCCUCGGCCUCCAGUACUGAGAACUCUGUGAAGACACCUGGAUCUCCCACCAGGCCCAGCCAAUGCGAAGGGUCCCUGCCCAGCUGCGCCUACUUCCUGCUUCUCCCACUCCUGAAGGUGCCUCUGCUCCUGAGCAUACUCGGUGCUAUCCUCUGGGUGAACAGGCCUUGGAGGACUCCUUAGACAGAGUCCAUGAACAGGAGAACUUGCCACACCCCAUGCCCACUGGAACCCUGUCCAGAGACACAGCCCUUCUGACUGCAAAAAAGACUUCUGACCCUGACCCUAUCGCUGGAUACUCUUUAAAAGUUAAAAAAAAUGUAGGCCAGGUGCGGUGGCUUACACCUGUAAUCCCGGCACUUUGGGAGGACACUCAACAUGAGAUCGACGUGAUCUCUUAACAAAUUUUAAGUGUACAAUACAGCGUUGUUGACUACAGGGACGGUAGUCAAGGGGCCAGGAACCAGGGCCCAAGGUGCAACCUGGGUGUGGAGACCUGUGGGGAGUUCUGAGCAGAGCAAGUUUCAUCCCUAAAGACAAGUGCCCAGGUCAGGGGGUGGAACCAGGCAGGAGAAAGGAGGACACAUUGGAUCCUGGUCCAUGGCUUCUGCUGUGUUGAGAAGCAGCACACACAUUGCACGUUGAACUUCUUAGUUUUGGGAGAGAAAGAGACACCCAGUGUCCCUACUGAACAUGUUCACCUAGACUGGAACUUGGUUUGGUGACAAUCUUCAAUGCUUCUUAUUUGUGAACAAGGGAAGCAGUCUUUGAAGCACUAACUAUAAUCAGUGCCAGGAAAGGUCUGAGGGAAGGCAGCUGUGGGGAUAAGAAACAAGGAGAAAGGGGUACAGGGGCAGGAAGUGGGUGGAGUGGCUGGGUCUAUCGUGCAGGGUGGGGAAGCUCCCUAGGGUCGUUUGGCCCUGGCUUAGCAUCUCCUAACAUGAUGGGCUUAGGAUCACUUUCCCCUGGAAAAGGCAGGAAGGUAGGACCAGGGACUACUUCAUGUCUCUCUUGGAUGUGCCACAGUUUCCCAACCUUGCCAUGCACAAACUUGGUCUAUUGACUUUCCCCCACAUCUUUGUCUCUGUCCCACGAAUCUGUUAUUUUUCCACGCUUUCUUUCCAUGAUAGUUGCUGCAACCCAAGUCCUUUAAUCUCUUAUUCCUCUCUCCUUUAUCUCUCGUCAAUCCUUAUAUAAAUCUCUCCAAUAUUCCCAUUCCCUCGCUUUCCCUGAUGCCACCAUAGUCCUCUAUCCUCUCAAUACUAUGGUGACUUCCCACUUUCUUCCCAAUCCCUCUUGCCACCUUUUCUCUUUCUUCUACAUAAUGCAACAAGAGAGCACCUUGACACGGUUCUGCAAUAGUCAUGUCACCUCUUGUUCCAUGUUCUUCAAAUGAAACCCACUGUAUUAGUCUGUUCUCAUGCUGCUAAUAAAGACAUACGUGAGGCUGA